AUUUAAUGACGUCGUUUUACCGCGACCUGAACGUAACUCUUACAACAGCGGCCUGUGUCUUCACUUGAGUGCUGUAAUUUUUCUGUCUUUGGUGGAGGAUUUGAGUUUUCAGUCCAUCACCAUCAUGAAACUAGUCAGGUUUUUGAUGAAAUUGAGCCAUGAGACUGUUACCAUUGAGCUGAAGAAUGGCACCCAGGUCCAUGGUACUAUCACAGGUGUUGAUGUGAGCAUGAACACCCAUUUGAAGGCAGUGAAAAUGACCCUGAAAAACAGGGAGCCAACUCAGCUGGAAUCACUGAGCAUUCGUGGCAACAAUAUCCGCUACUUUAUCCUCCCUGACAGCCUUCCAUUGGACACUUUGCUGGUUGACAUUGAGCCAAAGAUCAAGUCCAAGAAGAGGGAAGCAGUGGCUGGACGUGGUCGAGGCAGAGGACGAGGACGUGGCAGAGGACGUGGACGGGGCCGCGGAGGCCCAAGGAGAUGAUCCACAGGCUGUGCAGUCACUGGUUCCCGUCUGUUUGUACAGGAUUUGAGUUUUUUCUUUUCUUAGAGGAAACAUUUUUUGAAUUUCCAUGUAUUUCUUUUUUUCUUUAUUUUGUACAUUAAAAUGCUCCCAAUGAAGAGGAUAAA